UAGUUUGAAGUAAACAGUAUGGAUAUUUGCCAGUAAAGUAUUUUAAUAAAAUAUGGUUCAAAUCGUACAAAUGUAUAGUAAUUUAUGAGUGUUUAAUGCAAAAGAUUAAACAUGUGGCCUAUGCUUCUUAAUAUGACACGCGACGAAUGUCGUCGGACGCUUAGAAGACUCGAAUUGGAAGCCUACUCGAAUAUGAUAAGUGUAUUCAGAGCACAAGGAGCAUUAGAAGACAACAGAAAAAAGUUGCUUGAGGAACUACGCGCCGUUUUGCACAUUAGCAAUGAUCGACAUAGCGCCGAGGCGCGUCGCGUGUCUAAUGACGAACUCUUAGCUACUAUUGCUGAACAACUAGCUGGUCCUAACACAGGCCUAGGAUGGAUAACCGAGGGAAGAAGAUUAAUACCGCUCAUGCCCAGAGGUAUCGCACAGACAAUGUAUACAGAAAUAGCAGAUAAAGCGGCAGAAGCUGCAGCAGCAGAAAACAGAGAAAUCAAAAAUAGAAUUGAGACUGAGAAAUUAAUAGCACCUAAGUCAAAUGAAGAGGAAAUGCCAGAUCAUGAAGGUCAAACGGCUGAAGGGUCCCAAUCCAAUGAAAUGAUGGAUGAGAUGUCUUAUCCACCUAUUGCCAUGGAAGAUAAUACUGCCAAAAUUUGGGAAACUGAACUAAUUUGUCGUAAAAGAAAAAUAGCAGAAGGGGGCACUUUUCCUGAUGAUUCAUCAACGCCAGUUAAAAAUAUGAGAAACAUACCAUUGAACACAAAUCAAAAACAUCUUAAUUUGUCACAAGUUUAUUCAAGAUAUUCACAGCCAGCAACAAGUAAAUCAUCGGGUCAUUCUAAACAUUCAUACAAUCAAGUAAGCAAAGUUUCAACAAGUAAAUCCAGCCAACCUCAUGCAGCUCGAUCAAUAAAACAUAGAUCCCAUAAACAGAGUUCUAAAAGUACAACACAAGCUUCCCUGAAAGCACAAAGAAAAACUCAGGAACAAUCAAUGUCACCCAGUAGACAAUAUAAUUCAGGCCAACAAGCAGAUUACUCAGGACCACCUGGAUCUUUUCAAGCAAGCUAUGCUCAAUCAAUAUUAGGAAGUAAAACGAAAACAGACUACUUAGAUGAAAUUAAACCUAAAGUACUUUCAUCUCCCAGUAUGGUGUCAGAUUCACCCACAAUGCAGCUUUUGACCCAACCUGCAACUGUGCCUCAUGAGUUGGCAGUUUCAGACAGUGCUCACCCUGAUGAUCCAUCGUCAUUGCAGGCUCAAGCUACCCCUGUGACAAAGCAUUCUGUGAGCGGUAAGCCCUGCCAACUUAUAAUCAAAAAACGCGGAGAAGUCACUACUGAUAAAAAAGUACAAAUGUCUGAAUUUAAAGUCAUACAAAAGCCUACUGACGAAGUUAAGUUUCUAUCAAAUAGACAAAUGGUUGUAUCUCCGAGUCCUGCACAUAAAUCCUUUAAUGCAAGCAGCAAAAUUGUAACAACAAAAGUCAUUGGGUCACUUCCGAAAUCACGAACAUCACACACUCCCGUUUUACAAUCAGACAAAAUGAUUGUCGUUUCGAAAUCGUCAAUCGAAAACAGAUUGACUAAUUCGAAAGUUAUUAUCAAUUCCUCAGUGAAUGCAACACCUACUAAGGAUAGUAUACAUAGUAUAGCAAAUAGCAUAGCAAAUAAAACAACUGAAACCUUGACUCCAAAAGGAAUCCCAGCUACAGAUUUGAAAGUGUCUGCAAAAACUUUUGUCGUAAAUCCGAAAUCGGGUCAAAAAAUGGUCGUACUACCCGCAAAGGCUUGUAAAGAAGGACAACUUCCGUUAUUUCAUUUUAAAGGAAUACCCACAAACAUGAAAUUAGUUUCGGUAAGUUCGCAUAAUUCUCAAGCCACAAAGUCGCCUGCAAUCAAUGUUUUAUCUAACCCGACAGUUGUAAGUGCGAUACCUUCAAGCGCAAAAAUUGUUGGAGUAGAACCAAUAAAAACCGCCAAUAUGGCAGAUAUUGUUCCUGUAAAAGGCCUAACGCCACCUAUUCCAACUUCCAAAAUAAGUAAUCCUAUAAUUAGACCUAUGAAUACUAAAGGCAACAUUAUAGUGGUCCAGAAAGGAGCCACUUUAGGUAAAACCCUCACAUUUACCAAGAAUGGAAAUGAUGUGUCUAAAAUAAUUAUGGGGAAAAAUGUAAACAAACUGUUGCAAACAACAAAAUCAGAUCAAGUCGACGCAUCUAAAUCGGGUAAUGUUAUUGUUUUGGAAUUAAAUAAUGAACAAACAGGCCGAACAACAACUAUGUCUGAGAUAUUAUGCAGUCGCAACAGUAAUGCUGCUUGUACUCCAGAAAAGGACCCAAACAUUGAUCAAGAGAUCACUCAGGAAACUCCAGUGUUGUUCGAAAACCAAAUAACACCAGAAAUAUGUAACACAAGCAGCUUAGAUUCAUCAACUAGUUUACAAGAAAUAGAUAGAUUAGACCAAUCUACCGUAGGUAUAAUAGAAAAAAGUGAAAAGGAAAAGUCUGAUUUUAUUAAGGACACAGACGGCGUCAAAGAAACAUCGAGUGUUACAGACUGGGAAAUGGAAUUAGAUACUACUCCUGGCAAAAGUAAAGACGACGUCGACAAAUUAAACUCCUUACACUUAGAUCUUGGCAUGUCCAGUGACAGCGAAAACGAAUACAUGGUAGAUAGUCAUGAAGCGAAAACUCAACACUUAGCCGCAGAAAGAAUGCAAACAGAGACACCGACAGGUGAUAACAUCGAACGAUAUAGCAAUUCGAGUGCUCUGUCUCGAACUACGAGAACACUACUUAGUCAGCUCCAGGAUGACGGUUCAUCAAGUAACGAUUCGUCAUUCGCAAUUAAAUCGAAAUGUUUGAGUAAAAUACAGGAUAUUGAUAUCAAAAUUGACAAGUCUGAGUCUGAGGCGCUUUCGAAAGCCAGGGCAAAACUUUCGGAAAAAGUGGCAGAGGCAAAGUCACAGCAGAGACGGAUAGAUAUUUAUAGUACAGCCAUAACAACGUCGGAGAUUAAUUUAGAUUCGUUUUCGUAUCUAGACGAGAGCUUGAUGGCGGGUGAUGAUGAGUUUCCUUCGGAGGGUAAGAGAGAAGCUCGCCAGGGCGACGUACUCGACGAUCAACUCAGUCGACUCCUAGGCGAAGACUCGGCUAACUCGACUGACUCACAAACUGUAAGUGAAAGUUUGCCUAUAGAUAAAAAUGAGCAAUAAAAUUAUAGGAAUAUAUUGAGAAUUGGUAAAAUAUUUCUUUAAAAUGUAAUUGCACUAGUUUAAGCUGGGACACUUAUGUGCGUUGACGUAAAAUGAUGCGUGCGGACAUGGCAUUGAGGUUGCGGAAUUUCAACUACCUAAUGUGUGUAUUAUUUGUGAAUGAAACUCGUUUGUGUUAUACAAGUUGUCUUUAAUAAAUGAGGCUAGAAAGUAUAAUAAUUUAAUAAUUUUAAAGACUCCUGCCUGUUCCAAGAACCAAAAAAACUGUACUAAUGACAUUUAAAAGUCAAUACAUUUUUAAUUAGGAACAAUAUAUUUUUUUUAAAUGAUAAGUUUUAAACCAGUUUAAAUGUUUAUGGAUUUUGUAAUUUAUUAAAACAGCUUAAAUAGCUAGUUUGUCUUUUUGAAAAUUAUAAAAUAUUUUUCAGAGGAUUGUCUUAAUUAACCAUUAAGAUCUUGCCAACAUUUUUUACCACAUAACAUAAAUAGUCAUUUAAAAAAUAAACUAAGUAUGACAGGUGGUACAAUUAUAUCUUAAACAUAUUGGAUCAAAACACCGUCAAUAUUGUUUACCUCGUCUAGAUUUAUGUCAAAAACUUAUUUUGACACAAAUCUUCACUUUUAUCUUUACAAAUAACACCAAAAUUGACUCAGCUUUCCCAUAUAGAUAAACAGGGCCGAAUCUUAAAGUUCUGAUAAUCGCUUCUUUAGAAAUUUGUUAUUAACAUACUACUCUACAAAAACCUAUUUAACUUAUACUUUUUCUGUUUUAUAAUAGAUAUUUUAGUGAUUUGAUAAAACUAAUUUUCGUUAUACUAAUCGAAAAGUGCAAGUAUUUAUUUAUCCGAAAAAGUACUAUAAAUACAGUUGUGGAUUAAAAUAGUCUAAACUAAUAGCUCAUUAGUUUAUAUGUUUUGGUAUAUCAAAAUAAUAGACAGUAAAGUACAAGUAGUUCGAAUUAAAUUCAUAGGAAAUUUAAAAAUAAACAGUAGCUAUUUAAGUGUCACUAACUCGUCAUUUAUAUGUGUUACUAUUUUUUUUAAAUAACUUAUCCAAAUAAUAAAAUAUGAUAACAACAUUUUGCUUUGAACCAUUAAAAUUAACAAAUAAGUGCAAAAAUUUUUAAUAAUAUACUUUAAUUACAAAAUAAAUAUACUUUAUUGAUAUCAUGUUCAAUCAGAUUAUAUAUUGAUCUGAAUAAAAUAAAGUAGUAUAUAACAUUUUGACAUGUUUUUAACACAAAAAAUAGGAAAGAGAUAUUAUAUUUAAAUGGAGAACAUUUGUUCAUUGCUCAAGUAUUAACAUUUUUCGAAAUAUUAGUGGUUUUUAAGAAUGUUCUAUAGAUAUCUUUAACCUUACGAUGACUACUCAAAAAAAAAAUUGUAAUUAAUACUCAAAUUAAUGCCUUUAUCAAACUUUCUUAUGUAUUUUAUUCAUGAAAAAGAUUAUUUCAUCGAACUAUUUGCGGUCAAGAAGUUUAAUUUUUAUAUAUAUAUGAUAUGUUGAAGUUUAUCGAUUUCUGUUGACAUAAUUUAGCUACUUCAAUUUAACUAAUCCAUAAAAACACAGAUGAAGAGGCAAUUAAAUAACAAUCAAAAUCAACAUUAAGAUUUAACUGUGUUAUUAUGAAUAAUGUUGUAUUAAGCAUUAUAUUUGCUUUUUUCUUCGUAGCUGUCUUCCAUCUCUAAAAUGCACAUUUUCGUAGCGAAAACACUAAUUAGUUGUAUUAAUAAUAUAUGUGAAGUAAAAACGAUAAUUUUUAAUUGUUGAUUGGAAAUCAAAUAAUUGAAAGUAAGUUUGGUUAGAUCUAUGAUUUGUUUACUGUAUUUAUUGCAUAAAAAUAAUAUAUUCUUAACUAACAGCUCAAUUUGCUUUGAUACCAAUAGUCGAUAAAGCUUAAUAAAAAUAUUUCUAAUAUAUUUUUAAAUACAGUACAUACUCUCGUCUGAAUAGAAUUAUAGUCCAUAACGCACAAUUAUUGUUUACUUAUUUUAUUAAAAUAUAUUCAAUUUUAUUACGAUGUUAAGAUUUGUUUGUGAUAAAUCUUCAAGCAAUAGUAUCGAUAUAUAAGUAGAGAAGAAUUCAUGUUAGUAGAAUAAAUUGUAAGCAAUAUAGAGAAAGAAAUUUGUUAAAAAUCCUCAGAAAUAUAAAAUUUAUUCCCACAAAUCCAACCUAAACUUGUUCUCAUAGUAAAUCAUAUAGUGGAAUUUACUGAAUGUCACUUAUAUAUUGAAUAUAGAUGCAGCCGGGUUUACAGGUCGGAUAGCCAACCUGUAGAACUUUACUUGUCUAUGGAUGUGAUUCUUCUACAUCACAAUGUACACCCUUAUCUAGAAUCCAAUUUUUUAGGGAUGUACAUAUUAUACAAUAAAUAGAUUAAUAAUUUGCUACUUUGUAAUUGUUUUCAAUAUUCAGCAAUAUAGUUUUAUGAUUAUUGAGCUUUGAAUUUUCGAGCACAAUUCUUCUGCAGUUAAUUUUAUAUAUUAAAACAAUAGUAUCAUGUAUAUUUUUUCGAUUCGAGACAUUUCCA